AAUCGACCACCCAAAACAGAGAAGUAGGAGUGAAAAUUAAAAGAAGGAAAUCAUGGAAUAUCCUAUUAUUUCGUGCAUUCAGAAAGUUAUUCUUUAUGAAACCAAAGCAAGGUUUUACAUUGUUGGGUCUAACUCCACGGAGAGCAGGUUCCGUGUUUUGAAGAUUGAUAGAACAGAACCAAAGGAAUUAGUCAUUCAUGAUGAUAAGGUGGAAUACAAUAAACUGGAAGUCAGAAACCUCCUGACAAUGAUUAAAUCUGGUAACACAACUAUAGAGAGUAAGAAGACGGACUCCGCUCUUAUAAAAACAGUGUCAGCAUUUGGUAUAGCAGGGUUUGUGAGGUUCCUGGAGGGAUAUUAUAUCAUUUUGAUAACAAAGAGACGUAAGGUAGCCCUGAUUGGACCCCAUGUUGUCUACAAGAUAGAGGACACCACCAUGAUGUACAUACCUAAUGACACAGUGCGAAAAGCUCAUCAUGAAGAAAGCAAGUAUGUGAAAAUGUUUCAAAGUGUAGACAUGUCAGACAACUUUUACUUCAGUUAUAGUUAUGAUCUGACACAUCGUCUUCAAUACAACAUGACAUCUACACUACCACCAGACUUACUUCAACAUGGGCCAUCACCACCACCAACUGUGUUUGGAGUGAGGUCAAAACCAGCAGAAAAAUAUGUCUGGAAUUCCUACCUCCUAAAGAAAUGUAGGGAGGUCGUACAUCCGGAUUGGCUCCUGUUUUUGAUCCAUGGAUUUGUGGAUCAAAAGAAUAUAAAUGUCUUUGGAAAAUCUGUAUACCUAACACUGAUUGCUAGGAGGUCAAAUAAAUUUGCCGGGACCAGGUUUUUGAAAAGGGGAGCUAAUAAUGAAGGUUAUGUGGCAAAUGAGGUGGAGUCAGAACAGAUUGUGAUUGACAGCUCAGUGACCUUUCUGGAGAAGACAGGUGUGACCUCAUUUGUACAGAUGAGGGGCUCCAUCCCCCUUUACUGGUCACAGGAUGUCACGAAGAUGGUCCCCAAACCCCCCAUUACUUUGGACCAGAGUGACCCAUAUGCUGGAGCUGCAGGCCACCACUUUAAUCAGACGCUUAGUAGAUACGGCUCUCCAAUCAUCAUACUCAACCUUGUUAAGAGAAGAGAGAGAAGAAAACAUGAGAGUAUACUAACAGGGGAAUAUAAAUCUACCAUUAACUAUCUUAACCAGUUCCUACCCCCAGAACACAAGAUCCGCUAUAUAGGAUUUGAUAUGGCCCACAUUAGUAAGAGUAAAACAACAAAUGUCUUGGUGCGAUUGUCUCAGAUUGCCAGGAAGUGUGUCAGAAUGACAGGGUUCUUUGUACACAUGCCAAAACCAGUCAGUGAGGACUUCUGGAAAACAGAAGAGUUCAGAGGAUUGCAGGGACAGAAGACAACCUGGGGGUGUCGACAGACUGGAGUGGUCCGCACAAACUGUGUAGACUGUCUGGAUAGAACUAACACUGCACAGUUUGCAAUAGGGAGGUGUGCCCUUGGCUACCAGUUGUUUACUCUUGGUGUAAUCUCCAGCCCAGACCUGGAGUUUGAUACAGACUGCCUCAAAGGUUCUUCUCACAAUUGUAUAGAUGUAAUGCUAGAACACCUGUACGAGGCUCAUGGAGACACUAUUGCUCUGCAAUAUGGAGGAUCUCAACUGGUACACAGAAUUGAGGGCUACAGGAAAAUAGCCCCCUGGACCUCCCACUCCAAGGACAUUAUGCAUACCCUGUCUAGAUAUUACAGCAAUACCUUCUCAGACCUGGAGAAGCAGACAGCUACCAACAUAUUCCUGGGCCUGUACGCACCAGAGGAGGGGAAACCAAACAUCUGGGAGCUUCCCACUGAUUUUUACCUCCACAACAAAGAUGUCAGGGCUGUACUAGAUUAUUUAUGCUAUAGUUUCACCCAGUGGUGGGAGGUCCCUGUGUACAGAUCUUUACCUUUGCCUUAUGAAGAAGAGAAGAAGCCAAAUGACUGCACCAUUGUUGCCAUGGCACCUGGUGAGGAGUGUUUGGAUCAUUACUAUGACUACUACAGGACCAGUGAAUUUACCUCCAUCCAUGAACUCUUCCCUUAUACCAUGUCACACUCUGUCAGGGACUACAAGCCUAAAGCAGCCAAGCAUGACAGCCCCUUUAUUUUACGAGUUCCUUCAGAAACAAAGGAUAUCAGCAGAUCAGACUCGGUCAUGUAUCAUCGAGUUAAUAGUCGAACUAUGCUCUUCAUGACAGAAAGCCAAGAAUUAAAUCCAAACAUCUCGGGGAAGGACUCGACAUCAUCUCAGUUAUCUACAGGAUCCAGUGAGAGUGAUAGCGAGAGCUCGGAUGUUGAUGGAACGAGCGUGACAGAGACUUCAGUGGACUCAGAAAGCGAGAUCAAGUUUAAGGGAUUCCAAAGUAUCAAGAUUUCAGGGCGAAGUUUUCCUUCAAAAUCUCAGGAUUAUGGACAAGACCUUCACAAGUAUACACCUAAUCACAAAGAUACAUGGAUGUAUGAAAGAUAUGUGAAGAUCAGUGAAGUUUGCCAGACUCCACCAAAGAAAGAGGAGAAAGGAGUGACAACAGGCAGUAUUAUAGAGAACUUAGUGUUCCCUAAGAGCGUGUUUAAACUGGGCAGUAGCUAUGGAGUAGAGCCCCCGCCUGUUAACAAGCAAGACCAGGAUAUUUACAACCAUUUUGUUUUAGUUGGUACCCAUGGUGCAGGGGAACCAAACAAAAAGGAGAUACAGUUUUACAACAAGUACCUUAACAAGUUUCAUUGACCAGAGGAAAUGGAUGCAAGCGAUUAAUAAGGAAAUAUAUGCCUUAAUUCUGCAUUUCUGAACAAGGUUGUAAAGUAGCAAUCAAAUAAAUUCUAGAAACCUGAUAUGUGAUGCAGUUGUAACUCGGUUUUAGUCAUGUCUCCCAAUCGCUAAAAUGAUGCAAAAAAUAUGAAAUUUGUGAAGACAUGCACAAAUGCUAUUCUAGGAAAUGCAUGUUCAAACCAUGUCCAGUGCAAGUGUUUUGGUGCAAUAUCCAACUAUUAAGUUUGUGCAAUAUUGUUUAUGUUAUUUUUUAUAUUUUCAAAACAAAAUUAGACUGGAAAACAACACCUUAAGGUUGAAAUUACAGAAGAUUCUCACGAGUGGAUACCACGUGGUAUUCAAUAGGGUCUGGAUCAAAAGUGGUAAACUUAACGGAACAAACAGAUCUCCAACACUUCGUGAGAAUGAAUAAGUGAAUUUAUUUAGUUGACCGGUUUCGACCAGAGACGGUCGUCAUCAGAACCUAGUUUUUUUAUAUUUUGUUAGACAUGUAUGUGUAAAAUAAAGAAAUUGUACACUG